CACAAACGUAAGAGAAUCGCUUUCCAGGAAAGUCACUACGUGAUCAAGCCAUCACUACCCCUACUAAAUGCCAUAAUAUGGAGCCAAUUCGGUCUGCAGUUGGCGUCCCUGACGUGCCCGUCAAGAGACCACCCGAGGACGAGGAGCCAUUCGAUCCCAGCAGGGCCCCUCCGAAGCGACAGACGAUGCAGCCCCCGCUUGCCAAUGGACAGAACGGCGCACUUGACGCCCCUCCCUCUGAAGCGGCAGAACAUCAAUUGGCUGGCAAGACGCCGGACGAGCUUGUCACGAUCAUCAUGUCGAUGCGCUACGCUCACGACCAGCAUAUCACCGAGCUCCAGAACCGAUACGAGGCCGUCAGCCGUCAGUUGGAGCAGCUCACCCAUACCCUGAACGGCCAUUUUGCCUCGCAGAUCUCGGCGCUCCAGUCUGUCCAACAGAGUGUGGCCUCGAUCUCGGUCCCGGGACAAACCACACCAUUCUCUUCCACGGUUGCCACAGCCCCCAAUGCCUCCAACAGGGGCCUCACAAUUCCGCCAACGAACCCGUCAUUGUCGGCUGGACGACAAUCGCCUGUUCCCUCGAUCGUGGCCGGCCCGCCAUCUACACCUACUGCAAACAACCUGAGAGCCACGUCGACUCCCCGCAGCGCGCGCUUCGAGACCCCAUCUGCUGCCAACUUCACUCCUACGCGGACCGCCAUGAGCGCUUCCGUCGAGCCACAAGACAAGAGAGACCUCAAGAUUACGCAGUCCGACAGCCCGAAUCAGCCUCCCACCGUCGAGAUAAGCCACCUCGACACCGCCGCAGAGGCCUGGGAGGAGUUCCGCUACGGGCGCAACGGAAACCCGUCACUUGAGACCCUCGACGCGAUCUGGGGCCCUAGGUGGCGCCAGGACUUCAAGCUGAGAGAGUUCUACAAGCGGCGCAAGGCCAUCGCCGACAAGAUCAAGCAGUAUCUGGCGGACGGGAUCGACGAGCAGAGCGCUGUCCGGGCGCUGGACACGCAGCGUGGCAAGAGGAAACUCAACUGGUUGUCUCUCCGCAUCUUGGACGAGCGCAAGGCGCAGAAGGAGCAGUACAAGGAGGCACAGAAGGCUGCGCUCGUUAACAAGGCGGCCCUGGAGAACCUUGGUACUGCGCCAGCUGCGGCGGCUGGUGCCAAUAUGUCUUCCGCCCAGACUCAGCAUACCGGGACGCUGUAGAAAGUCGCUGGUUUCGGGUUGCGGUGAGCAACCAACGUGCCUUCUUCGGGAUUCGGUUCUUUCUUUUUUGGCGCUGGAGUUUGGAGCUUCACGAUUCAUGAUACCCUAGUCAUUAGAGGUCAGCUUUUACUUGCAAUGGACCUCAUUGAUUUCAUCCCCAAUAUGGGAUACUACAACAGGUUCAGUUAAAUUUUCCUGCUUACAUGGCAUUGUAAUUUCUUGUUUGUACCUUAUUCGCUGCUCUUAUAAGAUCUUGCCACUGAGCAGAGGUCGAUGCCUGUCCUGUCUCAUUUGAACUGGUUGCCUUAGGGGAGCCCACCCAUACCGAUGAGCUUGGUUUAACCCUACAUUUCUCUAGCAACGCCAGCAGUUCUGGGCGCAUUCUCUAUCAGAGCUAUGUCCCGGCUGGCAUCCUAGAAUUUGAACAUCACGGCCGGGUCCAAAGGCUCCGC